UGGCUGUGAGGACUGUGUUUCUUCUGAUGGCUCACUGGACGAAUAUCUAAUGAAUGACCGGUUUUUAAAUAUUCAUUUUUUAAGAAAUCCACUAGUUAUGGAUAUCUUCUAUUUUUUAUGGAUAUUACCUACCGUAAUGGGUGUCGAAGAGAUUUUAAUGGACUCCACAACAGCCACAGCAGAGUUGGGCUGGACUAUAUACCCGUCCCUAGGGUGGGAGGAGGUGAGCGGCUACGAUGAGAACCUGAACACCAUCCGCACCUACCAGGUGUGUAACGUCUUCGACACGCACCAGAACAACUGGGUGCGCACCAAGUUCAUCCGGCGCGGCGGCGCCCAGCGCAUCCACGUGGAGAUCAAGUUCUCGGUGCGCGACUGCAGCAGCAUCCCCAACGUGCCGGGCUCCUGCAAGGAGACCUUCAACCUCUACUUCUACGAGGCCGACUCCGACAUCGCCACCAAGGCGUCCCCGGCCUGGAUGGAGAACCCCUGGAUCAAGGUGGACACCAUCGCGGCCGACGAGAGCUUCUCCCAGGUGGACCUGGGCGGCCGUGUGAUGAAGAUCAACACGGAGGUGCGCAGCUUCGGACCCGUGUCCCGCAAGGGCUUCUACCUGGCGUUCCAGGACUACGGCGCGUGCAUGUCCAUCAUCGCCGUCAAGGUGUUUUACAGGAAGUGCCCGCGCGUGGUGCGCAACGGUGCCGUGUUCCAGGAGACGCUGUCGGGCGCGGAGAGCACCUCGCUGGUGGCGGCGCGCGGCACGUGCAUCCCCAACGGGGAGGAGGUGGACGUGCCCAUCAAGCUGUACUGCAACGGGGACGGAGAGUGGAUGGUGCCCAUCGGGAGGUGCAUGUGCAAGGCUGGGCACGAGUCGGUGGAGAACGGCACGCUCUGCAAAGCUUGUCCACUGGGCUCCUUCAAGCUGGCGCAGGGGGACCACAUGUGUGAGAAGUGCCCCAUCAAUAGCCGCACCACCACGGAGGGAGCCACCACCUGCAUCUGCCACACCGGAUACUACAGGACCGACACAGACCCCAUGCAGAUGCCCUGCACCACCAUCCCCUCGGCUCCACAGACAGUCAUCAGCAUCGUGAACGAGACCUCCUUGCGCCUGGAGUGGGGCGCGCCACGCGAGUCCGGCGGCCGCGAUGACGUGGUCUACAACAUCAUCUGCAAGAGCUGCGGCGCGGGGCGCGGGGCCUGCACUCGCUGCGGCGACAACGUGCAGUUCAUGCCGCGGCAGCUGGGCCUCACGGAGCCGCGCGUGCGCAUCUCCGACCUGCUCGCCCACACGCAGUACACCUUCGAGAUCCAGGCUGUCAACGGCGUGUCAGACCAGAGCGUCUACUCACCGCACUUCUCCUCGGUCAACAUCACCACCAACCAGGCCGCCCCAUCUGCCGUGUCCAUUAUUCACCAAGUCAGCAGGACGGUGGACAGCAUCACUCUCUCCUGGUCGCAGCCUGACCAGCCCAAUGGGGUCAUCCUGGACUACGAGCUACAGUACUACGAGAAGAGCUUGUCAGAGUCGAACUCCUCCAGCACCAGGAGUCAGACCAACACCGCCGUGAUCCGCAGCCUGAGGCCGGGAACCAUCUACGUCUUCCAGGUGCGCGCUCGGACCGUGGCCGGAUUCGGACGUUUCAGCGGGAAGAUGUACUUCCAGACCAUGACUGAAGAGGAGUAUAACUCCAGUCUUCAGGAGAAGCUGCCCCUCAUCAUCGGCUCCUCGGUGGCAGGUGGAGUCUUCCUCAUCGCCAUCAUCGUCCUCAUCAUCGUCUGCAACAGGAGGAGCAGUGACAGGACGGAGUCGGAGUACACAGACAAGCUGCAGCACUACACCAGCGGCCACCUAUCUCCAGGAAUGAAGAUCUAUAUUGACCCCUUCACCUAUGAGGACCCCAAUGAGGCUGUGAGGGAGUUCGCCAAGGAGAUUGACAUGUCGUGCGUCAAGAUAGAGGAAGUCAUAGGAGCGGGUGAGUUUGGGGAGGUGUGCAGCGGUAACCUGCGGUUGCCAGGUAAGCGGGAGAUCCUGGUGGCCAUCAAAACCCUCAAGUCGGGCUACACGGACAAGCAGAGGCGGGACUUCCUGUCGGAGGCGUCAAUCAUGGGCCAGUUCGACCACCCCAACAUCAUCCACCUGGAGGGCGUGGUCACCAAGAGCAGCCCCGUCAUGAUCAUCACCGAGUUCAUGGAGAACGGCUCCCUGGACUCCUUCCUCAGGCAAAAUGACGGACAGUUCACAGUGAUCCAGUUGGUGGGCAUGCUGCGUGGCAUCGCGGCGGGCAUGAAGUAUCUGUGCGACAUGAACUACGUGCACCGCGACCUGGCGGCGCGCAACAUCCUGGUCAACAGCAACCUGGUGUGCAAGGUGUCCGACUUCGGCCUCUCGCGCUUCCUUGAGGACGACACGUCUGACCCCACCUACACCAGCGCCCUGGGAGGGAAGAUCCCCAUCCGGUGGACGGCUCCCGAGGCCAUCCAAUACAGGAAGUUCACCUCCUCCAGCGACGUGUGGAGCUACGGCAUCGUCAUGUGGGAAGUGAUGUCAUACGGGGAGAGGCCCUACUGGGACAUGAGCAACCAAGACGUCAUCAAUGCCAUCGAGCAGGACUACAGGUUACCGCCCCCUAUGGACUGCCCCACAGCACUGCACCAGCUCAUGCUGGACUGCUGGCAGAAGGACCGCAACAACCGGCCCAAGUUCGGCCAGAUCGUCAGCACCCUGGACAAGAUGAUCCGCAACCCCAACAGCCUCAAGGCCAUGACCCCUCUCUCCUCGGGUGCACAUCUACCUCUUCUGGACCGCUCCCUGCCUGACUUCUCCAGCUUCAACACGGUGGACGAGUGGCUGGACGCCAUUAAGAUGGGCCAGUACAAAGAAAACUUCCUCAACGCCGACUACGUCACAUUCGAGGCCGUCUCCCAGAUGACCAUGGAUGACAUCACGAGAAUCGGAGUGACGCUGGCAGGCCACCAGAAGAAGAUCUUCAACAGCGUCCAGAUGAUGAGAGCACAGAUGAACCAGAUUCAGUCGGUGGAGGUCUAG